CCGGAAGUAAAUCCCACUCCUGUGAGGGAAGGAGGUCGGCGUGUGUUGAUCUGUUUCCACGUGUCGGUGAAUUCAUUCAGAUACAAAACCAGAUUAAGGGUUUUAAACAGAUUAAAGUGAAUCGAAUCCAAACAACAGCGAUGGGUAAAAAAGGGAAGAAAGAGAAGAAGGUGAAGGGAGCAGAGAAGACGGCGGCCAAGAUGGAGAAGAAGGUUUCCAAGAGAAGUAAACGAGAAGAGGAGGACCUGGAGGCUCUUAUUGCUGAGUUUCAGACUCUGGAUGGAAAGAAGACUCAGGUUGUGGAGACGACGUGUCCUCCUCCGUCACCGAGAUUGAGUGCGUCUCUCUCUGCUCAUCCUGAGAAAGAUGAACUCAUCCUGUUUGGAGGAGAAUUCUUCAAUGGAAAGAAGACGUUUCUGUACAACGACCUGUUUUUCUACAACAUCAAGAAGAACACGUGGGUGAAGUCCGACAUCCCCAACCCUCCUCCACCGCGCUGCUCUCACCAGGCGGUGAUGGUUCCCCAGGGUGGGGGCCAGCUCUGGGUGUUUGGGGGGGAGUUUGGUUCUCCGAACGGGGAACAGUUCUACCACUACAAGGACCUGUGGGUGCUGCAUCUGGCGACACACACCUGGGAGAACAUCAAGGCGGCCGGGGGUCCGACGGGUCGCAGCGGACACCGGAUGGUCCUCAGCAAGAAGCAGCUGCUGGUGUUUGGAGGUUUCCAUGAGAGCACCAGGGAUUUUGUCUAUUACAACGACGUCUACUCGUUCUCCCUGGAAACCUUCUCCUGGUCACGCCUCACUCCGUCAGGCUCCGCCCCCCCUCCACGCUCGGCCUGUCAGAUGACUUCCACGCCCGACGGCACGGGCGUCAUCAUCUACGGCGGAUACUCCAAAGUUAGAGUCAAGAAGGAUGUAGAGAAGGGAACCAUCCACUCUGACAUGUUCCUCCUGAAGCGAGAGGGUAAAGAUGGCCAAGAGAAGUGGUCAUGGUCCAGGGUGAGCCCCUCAGGUAGCAAGCCUCAUCCUCGCUCUGGCUUCUCGCCGGCGAUGGGCCCGGCGGGGCGGGCGGUGCUGUUUGGUGGGGUGUGUGAUGAGGAAGAGGAGGAGACACUGGAGGGUGACUUCUACAACGACCUGCACCUGUAUGACACGGGGAAGAACCGCUGGUUCCCCGGCGUGCUCCGGGGAAACAAGACGGAGAAGAAGAAGCGACGCAGGGGGAAGAAGGAAGGAGCCGAGGGGGAGGGAGGAGAGAUGGAGGGGGAGGAUGGGGAGGAGGCGGCGCCACAAGGACCCACUGAGGUCGUCAAGGAGAUCGUCACAGAGGACGGCACCGUGAUGACCAUUAAGGAAGUGAUCCCUGGAGCUCAGGAGGAGGAGGAGGAGGAGGAGGAAGAAGAGGAAGAGGAUGAAGCUUCAGCCUCCGUCAACCUGGUGGAGCCCUGUCCGAGGUCCAGCGCCAUGGCAACGGUGCGCCAGGGCAAGCUCUUCCUGUUCGGGGGGAUGUUUGAGGUCGGUGACCGCCAGUUCACCCUGAACGACUUCUACAGCCUGGACCUCCACAAGAUGGACCAGUGGGAGACUCUGGUUGAGAUGGAUCCCAAGACGCAGGAGUGGCUGGAAGAGUCUGAGUCAGAGGGCGAUGAUGAGGAGGAGGAGGAGGAGGAGGAGGAGGAGCUGAAAGGAGCAGAAGGGAAAGAAGACGAGGUUGAGUCUGAAGGGGAAAGUGACGAUGAGGAAGAUGAAGAAGAGCACCCGGCAGUGCAGGAGGGGGAGCCGGUGACUGAUUAUCAGAUUCGUACGGAGAAGUACUGGACGAAACUGGCCCGGACUAAAAUGGGCCCUGACAUCAAGGACAAAAAGGUCGCAAAGGUCGCCCUCGCCAUGGCUAAAGUCUUCCAUGAAGACCAGUAGUGGAAAAACGCCAAACUGUUCUGAAUGACUGUGUGUGUGUGUGUGUGUGUGUGUGUGUGUGUGUGUGUGUGUGUGAGUGAAAUAUCUUGUAAUGUUACUGCAAACAAUUCGGUAAUACAAGUGAGAUUUCAAAACAAAGACAUUUAACCAUCUUCCUACUGUUUAACAUUUACAUGUUAUUUUUAAUUUCGGGUUUAUAAGAAUAUUUAAAGUUUUAUUAUUGUUUUUUCAAGAUCAUCAUCAGUUUUCAUUUAAAUAAAAUAACUAAACUGAAAUAACACUUUUAAUGCUGCUGCUCUCACUUUUGAAACCACAGUGCUGAAGCUUACAGAGGAAAUAACUUCUGUAAUUUUUUUUAUUUCUUAUGGUUAGUGUUCUUUUAUUACAUGUUUUAAUUUUACCAAAAUUCUUCUUCUCGGUAGUGGUAAUAUUUUUGUGCACUUAUUUUAAAUUCAUUUAGCCUCUUGGUUCUCGUCUCCUUUGAGGAGUUCUGCAGAUUCUGGUGAAAAGUCCCUGUGGGUUUGUCACAAAAACGUUUUUCACAUGUUUACAAGCAUCCAAACCUGAUGGAGGAGGAGUCUGGGUUUUACACUGAACAACAAACUGUGUUAGAAAGUUUAGACAAAAACUAAAGGGACCACGUAUUUGUAAACAGGGACGGUCCCCACCUGGUGGACAUGUUGGUCCACGUAGUCAGUCACAGGUGGAGGAAGGUCCUGUGACAGCUCAGAUUGACGACUGCUCCUGAGAGACAGUGCAACUUAAAUGUAUGUUUCAAUAGAAAUGAAACUAGAAUGACACUCGGGGAGCGGAAACCUCCACCGAGGCCCAACAGUCCCCUCAUUAAACAUCAUUUGAAUUCAUUACAUCCAGAUUUUUAUUGAGAUCAACACUAAAUUACAAAUACAAACAGACAUCAGUCUCCUACGUGAGCCUUUCAAUCAAGAUCCAUGAAUAUUUCCCUGGGAAACUGGUGAAAAUGCUUCAGUAAAGUGGGAAAGUUGACCUUCUUGGCCCGCGUCCCAUCCUUCCACCAAAACCAAUAAACCUGUUGUUCACCUUAGUUCUUACUUUACUUUUCCAAAGCCACACCCCACAGAUCUGUUUGAAAAGUAAAACUAUGUGUUACAGCUCAAAUAAAAACAUAAUCCAGUC